AUGAGGUCAAAGAGCACAAAUUUGAGCCAAAUUACACUACAUGGAAAUGAAAAGCCGAUCCCAAAAACAAUUAAUCUGAAUCAAAUGCAUUUUCACCAGUUUAAACAUUUGAAUUAUACAGGGAAUUUGGACAUGACGCCUUAUAAAGAUAUUAGUCAGUUUUAUUGCCGUGAUAUAUACGGUCAUAUCUCUGUUCCUGCAUGGCCAUAUACUACCCCGAAGCCAGCAUUGAGCCAAAAGAGCGUUAAAGAAAUGCCAAUUCAGUUAGUCGCUAGUAAAGCUGAGCAAACGGUUUCACUGUUUCAGUCUAAUAGGAAAAUAAGCUUACCUAGCAUUAAGUCAAAAGGAUCGUUAUUUAAGGAUUCGUUUAAUAUCGAAAAUAAGGAUAUCGAAAGAUCUCUUUAUUUUUCAAGAAAGCCAAGAUAUACGGAUUUUCAGCCUUAUAAUUUGGAAGAUUUCAAAAAAAUAAAUCCAAAAAAUUACCUAAUGCUUGGUGGCCUUGGACCAGUAAAUGUUGGCCGAGAUGAAUGGGUGAAAAACACUAAAAAGGCAAAACUUGUAAAAGAUUAUAGCAAAUCUGUUAGAGAUCUAAAUAUAAAAUUCGAAGCUGAUAAUAUAUCAAAUUAA